AUGGUGAAGGGCGCCGGCAGCCCCUCGGCCAAGUCGGGGAAGACAAAGUACUACGGAGUAGCCGUCGGACAUGUGCCUGGCGUAUAUACAGAUUACGCCACCGUCCAAGCCCAAACCAAGGGCUGCAUGGGUGGAAAACAAAAAGGCUUUGCAACUCGUGCAGAGGCGCAGGCUUUUGUGGACAACUUCAAGCGACCGGGUAGCACUCCCAUCAGCUUACGCGGCGACCUGUCUGAAUCGUCUUCGCUAGCAGCAGGCAAACCCUCCAACCUCGCCGAGGGCACACCCAAGAGACAAAAGAAGGAGCACACCUUGCCCGUGUCGGCGCUCACGAAUGGCAACAUCAAAUAUGAGCCAGGAUGGGGCCCGCUCCCGCCAGGUGCCGAGGAUGGCUUUGAUCGGACCAUCAAGCUUGAUCCAGAGGGAGGGAACAUCAGGACCAAGACCGAGGAAGAACUCAGUGCAACCAAGAUGCAGCCAACUGGGGACAUCAGCGGCCCUAUUGUUGUGUAUACCGACGGUAGCUCCCUGGGCAAUGGUCGAGUAGGCGCCGUAGGAGGCGUGGGCGUUUACUUUGGCCCAAACGAUCCUAGGAAUGUAUCCGAAGCCUUGCGUGGAAACAGACAAACGAACCAACGCGCCGAGCUAACAGCUAUCGCCCGAGCUCUAGACCAUAUUGCCAUCGACCGCGAGGCCCGAAUCGUCACAGACUCAAAUUACUCCAUCAAGUGUCUGACCGAGUGGUUCCCAAAGUGGGUGGAGAGAGGCUGGAAGAACUCAUCGGGCAAGGAUGUCGAAAAUAGAGAUCUUAUUGAGCCCAUUAUCGCGAGAAUCCGGGAACGCGACAUGAGCAGGGCCAAGACAAAGUUUCAGUGGAUCAAAGGUCACGCGAAUGAUCCAGGAAACGUUGCAGCUGAUGCAUUAGCCGUGCGAGGCUCACGGUAUAGCACACCUGAUCUACGAAACGCACGCGAGUUCUCUGAGACGCUCAACACGCCGACGAGGGCACACUACCGUAUGCAGCCGAAGAAGCAGCCCGGGGCCGACGCGAAGCCCGUCUCCGUAGCCCUUGAUGACGAGGACGAAUUCGAUGAGAUUUUCGCUACCCUAGCGGCUGAGCACUCGGCAGACCAGGUUGCAGAAACAACCGUAGUACAAGCUGGGGUCCCGCUGUCAGAGGCUGUUAAGCAGGUCACAGAAGCAGCGAUAGUACAAGACGGGGUCCCGCCCUCGGUGGCGGCUCAGCAGCUCGCAAAGGCGGCCGCGAAAGAAGGUCAGGAGCACCUCGAGCAGACACAGAAUGGAGAUGCACCAGAAGUAAAGGCAUCAGAAGAGAAUGUAUCUGAUGAUGCAGAGAAGAUGGACACCGUGCAAGAAUCCGUUGAGCGGGCAUAA